GUUAGAGCGAUAUUGCGUGUAUUGAAAAGACGAAAUUUUGUGGGUAAAAACGGGAAUUUCAAUAUCAGGUGUCAUCAGCUGAACCGCCCCAGUUUUCUGGUGGGGGUGCGUACAUGGAGGUUUUUGGUGCGUGCGGGCAGGUUAACUCUAUCAAAAAAGGCCCCUUUAUUUAGGCCGAGAAAGACCGUCGGAUAA